CUUUCCUUCUAUUUCUGUAUCUUCGGAAAAACUAUAGGGUUCUUUAGUUGCCCCUCCAUUCUCCAAGCUCUUAAACAUGGCGCUUUCUGUGAUUCUCUUGCUAUUCUCUCAGCUGCUAUUGCUUCAAACUCAUACCCCUUUGGCUUUACCUUCCACUCUACAAGGUAAUGAAGAACUCAAUGCUCUCGGUCGUCCGCAUAACAAAGUCUUCCAUCCAUCAUCUAAUUCCUGCAUCUUUAGGCAUUAUCAAGAUCCGUUGACGCUUGCGCCCUGCGAACAAUGUGAUUCCUGGAAUUACACUCCACAGAAGUUCUUGGAAGUGGUAGGAACUUAUUACUGCCUGAAAGCAGUUGGAGCUUCUCUUCCUGCCAAGCUUAGUAUUUCAUGCGAUGUCUCGGAUUCCCAAUGGACUCCAUUAUCUGGAUCACAGACCACUCAUCUUUCGACGCAGCUUGAGGAUGGAACUGUUCUUUGCUUGGAUGUUGAUGAUGAAAACAACAUAGUCACCAACCCUUGCAGAAGUUUCAGCAGUGAUGCCAAAGCUGCUAAUGGUGACAGCCAGUGGUUUCAGAUUAGUACAUUCAGUUACAAUAAGGAUUAGGGGAUAAAUAUAGUGUUCAUUAUUAUGUAUUUUAAGUAUUAACUGAGCACUCGCUGAUAAUUACCAUGUAAAUUCACAAUGUAAAUUCACAGCUUUUAGAAUGUUAUAAGUAUGUUUGAUGAAUAAAUGUCUUUCUAUGGAACAGUUGUAAAAGUUUUUGCCAUCUUUCUCGUC